AUGUCUUAUCCGGUUUUAUCUGAUGAUGAAAUAACCCAAAAAUUAUUACCCACUAUUAAUCAAUGGUGUUUAUGUAAUGGAUUAUUAAUGUAUCCACCUGCCUUUCAAAGCUCACCCAAUAGUGCGACUGUGGCCCCAAUAACUAUAUAUCCAACAAUAAUUCCAUUAUCUGCCUUUAAGGAGGCUGUUUCCGUUCAAACAAUAUACAAUGAAUUAUAUGUUAAAGUAAUUCAAGACACAGAAUGGUUAGAAAUUGAAACUGAAAAACUAAGUAGAUACGAUCUUACGUUUACUGGUAGGUUAUGGGACAUGUAUUUGAAGGCUAAGAAAAUCGGAAUUAUCCAAAAAUUAGAAUUGGGGAUUUUCAGAAACGAUUUUUUGCUUGAUAAAGGGGAACAACAACAAAUUAAACAGGUUGAAUUCAAUACUGUAAGUGUUUCAUUUGGCGGUUUAUCUUCUAAAGUAAGCCACUUACACAGCUAUUUAUACAAGCAUGAAUUAUACGGUAGCAAUUUUGAAGGCUGUGAAAUUCCGAUUAGCGAAUCUAGCAAGUUAUUAGCUGAUGGAUUGUCUCAAGGGGUUAGGGCUUAUGAAAAACAAAACCAGCCACUAAAUGGACAGACAGUUGUAGCAUUUAUUGUUCAAGAUGGAGAAAGAAAUGUUUUUGACCAACGGAUUCUCGAAUAUAAUCUAUGGGAAAAACAUAGUAUUAAGUCAAUUAGAAUGACUAUUCAUGAGAUUCACAAAUUGACAGCAAAAAAUGAUUUGGGAGGAAAAUUAAUUUAUAAACCCACAAAUGAAGAAAUUUCUGUUGUUUACUUUAGAUCAGGAUAUUCUCCUCAGGAUUUCAAAUCUGAACAAGAUUGGGAAAAUAGACUUUUUUUGGAAACUAGUUUGGCCAUUAAAGCGCCAAGUUUAAAGACACAGUUAUCUGGAACGAAAAAAAUUCAACAGUUGUUAACUGAACAUGAGACAUUAUCUAAAUUUAUCGAUACAGAAAAGAUUAAAAAAAUAACACCAACAUUCGUUAAAAUUUAUCCACUAGAUGAUUCAGAGUUGGGACAAUUGGCUAGGAAAUUAGCUUUUGAAUCACCAGAAAAUUAUGUUUUAAAACCACAAAGGGAAGGUGGUGGCAAUAAUAUUUAUAAAGAGGAUAUUCCCAAAUUUUUAAACAGUAUGAAUAAGUCAGAAUGGAAUGCUUAUAUUUUAAUGGAACUCAUUAAUCCCGAACCAACCGAAAAGAAUGUAAUUUUACGUGACAAUAAAUUAUAUAGAGAAUCGAUUUUAAGUGAAUUGGGCAUAUUUGGUGUUGUUUUGUUUGACAACGAUAGAAUAUUGUAUAAUGAGUAUUCUGGAUGGCUAUUGAGAUCUAAAUUUAGCAGUUCCAAUGAAGGUGGUGUGGCUGCAGGGUUUGGCUGUGUUGACAGUGUUGCAUUACUAAGAUAUUAG